AUGUCCUCGCAGCAACGAUCAUUGCAGCUCUCGCGUUCGACAUACACGAUGCUCCCAAUGAUAGAACAACUUCAGCUGCAAAUAGGGGAUAGCUCGGCAGGCUACCAUCUCAUAGGCAGCGACGAGGUGCAGAUCGAAAAGCCGGAAGAGUCCGGUACAUCGGUGUCCGAUGCUGAGAUUGAUGAUAUCGAGAGACAGAUGCGACAGGGCGAAAAGAAGGCGGCCUUGGCCCGAUGGCUUCGCAAACUGAUCGUCUUGCUCCCCAGCUUUCUUCAGCCAUCUCAACCGUCAGCAGAGCCACGGAAGCUCCAGAGAACAGCCUGGCUAGAUGGACUUCGAGGCCUCGCCGCAUUAUUCGUCGUCUGGCACCACAUGUCCCUGAUAUGGUUCUCGUGGGACAUCCACAACGGGUGGACCGGCGGCCCGAACGACCACCUCAUCCAGCUCCCGAUCAUCCGGCUGGUCGUCUCCGGGCUUCCCAACGUCAUGGUAUUCUUCGUCAUCUCGGGCUACUCCCUGAGCUGCAAGCCGCUGAGUCUGCUCCGGCAGAACCGACAACUCGAGACCCACCAAGCGCUGGCAUCCUCGGCUUUCCGCCGGCAUCCGCGGCUGUUCAUACCGGCGAUAUUUAUUUGUUUACCUUCACCGAUUAUGGCGUACAUGGGACUAUACGAGAGCGCCGAGGCCAUGCCGGGCGCGGCCAUAGCGCCCAUGAAACCCCCGCGGCUCGACACGCUGUGGCACCAGUUCGUGAACUACGGGCGGGCCGUGAUGUCCCUCUCGGACCUUUUUGGCGCCACUGGUAUAGCCUGGGCCUACAGCGACGCCCUUUGGACACUUCCAAUCGAGUGGAAUAGCUCUCUGGUGAUAUUUGGUUUCUUGCUUGCCCUUUCCAGGUGCUCGUCGCGCACGCGCAUGGUCAUCGGCCUAGGCGUUGCUGGGUACUCGUGGUGGUACAUCCACUGGGGUGAAUUGUUGUUCAUCGGCGGCUUGCUCGUCGCUGAUGCGCAGUUGUCGUUUCAGGAGCGUGCAGUCCACGAGGGUCAGCAGCAAUCGCCAUCCACAUGGCGGUGGCGGAGACUCUCCAGGAGCCGCAUCAUCCGCAACCUGUGCGCUCUCGCAGCGUUUUUGGCUUCGCUAUUCGUCCUGAGCAUGCCGGAAACUGGCGGUGCCGAUAGCAUCGGCUUCAAAACCCUGGCGGCCAUGAUACCUCAGCAUUUCAAUGUCGGCCCGAAGUACUUUUGGCUUCCGCUCGCCGCCAUCUCGCUAGUCUUUUGCAUCGACAAUGCACCUUUCCUACAGCCAAUAUUCACUGCUCGGUUCCCGCAGUAUCUCGGACGCAUAUCUUACGCGAUGUAUUUGGUCCACCAGAUGAUACUGCACAGUUUUGGUACUAAGCUCGGCAAGACCAUGGUCGGUUUCACGGGAUCGGAGACGGGUGUACAGUAUGUGUCAGGUAUUUUCCUUGCCGCGAUCGUGGUGUGGAUCGGUGUUAUCUGGACGGCUGAUUUGGGAUGGAGGUUUGUCGAUGCGAACGCGGUCAGUUUCUGUGUGUGGGCUUACCGUAAGCUCUGCCAGAGAGUCGGUGAGAUUUGA